GUGAAGAUAAAACCGUAACAACUGGAGUUUCUCAAGGAACUAUACUAUCCUGUCCUACGCUGAUGACACCAUCGUCAUCUCGAGUGACGAUACGUGGGCUAAGAUGUGGCGUUAACUAAGAAAGAAUCUGAGCAGCUAAAGUUUAAUGUGAAGAAAACCAAUGAUAUAUUACAAAGUUUGCAAUUGAAGUGUGUACUAUGUGAAAAAAGUAUCGAAAGACAAAGUGCUUCAACUAUUAAAUAAAAUAUAGCAUCGAGCACAUCUGUUAUGCCAUUAAAGCAAAAUGAAGAUCAGCAUAAUCGAUCAAGCCGAAGUAGUACUUACUCACCCCCAGUAUUUUUACCAAACAUUGAAAACUUAUUUCAACAUGACGACGAAAAUACAGAAGACAACUCAAAAUCUGGAGAGUCAUUGGAUGGCAUUACAGAAAAAUUGAAAGUUUUGAAAAAAGCAGAUACGACAACGGAACCAAGUAAUCAUGAUUUAGUUGGAACCCCAGGGACGCCAAAAAGACAAGAUCGUGAUUUGGCUAAAACAACAACAACGCCGAGACAGCAAGAUCAUUUAGUACCAAAUGAGAACAAUACAGCAGCUAACAAUAAUUCUGCUGACGAAUUUUCAAAUGAUGAAUCAUCGGUGACACUGAAAGAUAAUACGGAAACUGAGCGACAAAAAAGUACACCUGCCAUUGAAGUCAAAAAGGAGGUCGAAACCGAUGAAGCAUUUGUCAACACGCCAGAUAAGGUUGAUCUCGGUCACGGUGUCUAUGUAAAUGCAUCUAUACUGGAGAAUAGUAUUAGAAAAACCGACGUUCGCGAGACUAUUCGUGACUUUGUUAGAACUCUAUUUACUGAUUUGGAAUGCUCAAAGCAUUCACUGAGUGGAAAAAAAGGUAAAGAGAAAGAUUUAGCCAAACCCGAGUUAAGUAAAUCAAAGCGAGCUGCAAUCGUAGAUUAUGCUGCAAAAAACAUUUCCUGGCAAAAGCAAAGAUGACAUAAAAGCGUUACUUGAUUCAACGCUAAAAAACAAAUGCAACAAUGCUACAAAAAAGUAUAAAAAUUUUCCUAAGAAACAAGAAAAU